AGGUACCAUUUGAAAUUUUAUUUUUGAUAUAUGUGUAAUGAGCUUGAUCUGCAUACAUUGUGUAUUCUGUCAUGUCCUACUUGCAAAAACUCGGAGCACUUUCCAUGCUUUCUUCUUCGAUUAUUGCUGACAACAAGUUUAACUUUGUUCGAGUCUUGUACUGGCAAAUUGGGUUUUCCCCUGUUGCUUCAGGCCCUAGAUUUUAUCGAACUAAAAAGGCUCCCCAAACGGAUGAAUGUGGAAAUUCUGGAGAAAUGUUGAAUAUGGGUAGUAGAAACGGUCAUCGGAUUUCUCGGGCCACUAGGAAAGAGGCUCAGGCUGCGUUGUUGGAGUAUUUGCAUUCUACUAGAGGGAUUCAAUUAAUGGAUGCUGAAAAUAUGAGUAAAAAUUCGCCAAUCUUUCUUGGAAAACUUCUGGGAAGAGUUGAACAUGAGGGCGAUAUUGGGCGGUCAAUUACGCGAUUUUUACGCUACCAUCCAAUUAAUGAAUUCGAGCCUUUCUUUGAGAGUGUGGGCUUGCAACCUGCAGAGUAUGAUGGGUUUCUUCCUCGCAAUUUGAUGUUCUUGAGUGAUGAUGAUUUAUUGCUUGAGAACUAUCAUGUGUUGUGUAACUAUGGAAUUGAAAGAAAUAAGAUAGGGAAGAUAUAUAAGGAGGCAACUCAGAUAUUUCAGUAUGACUAUGGUGUUUUGCUGUCGAAGUUAAAAGCAUAUGAAAAACUUGGUAUCGGCCAAGCUACUGUGGUUAAAUUUGUUGUUUGUAGCCCCUAUCUAUUGGUUGGUGGUGUUGAUGAUGGGUUUGUCCAGGUAUUAGACAAAUUGAAGAACAUUGGAUUUGAAUCAAGCUGGGUUGAAGAACAACUGACGGAUUGUAAUUCCUAUAAUUGGAAGAAAAUUCUUGGGUUGCUUUUCAGGUUUGAACAAAUGGGUUGCAGUGAUGAGAAGUUGGCUGAUUUAAUCAGCCAACAUCCAGAUUUUUUAUUUGAGGAUUCAGGAAGUAAAUCACUUUCCUUAAUUGGGUUGUUACUGAAAAUGGGAUGCUCAAUGAUCCAGAUAUGUUCCGUGUUACUGCAAUUUCCUCAAAUCCGAGUUGGUAAGUUUGUUUCAAAUAUGAGGCUAUGCCUUUUGUUCUUCAAUGAAAUAGACAUGGGUGUGCAAGAGAUAGGAUGCCUUUUCAGAUCUCAUCCCCUGUUAUUGGGAUUGUGUACUCUGAAAAAGGCUAGCAGCUUGCUCCAUCUUUUGAAUGUUGGGAAGAAACGGCUUUGUCAAUUUAUUUUAGAGAAUCCGGAAGAAUUAAAAAACUGGAAGCUUGGAACAAAAGUUUCGCCAUUACCAAACUCCGGGGAGAUUGUGAGAUCAAAGCAACAGAAAACUCAAUUCUUGUUGAAAUUAGGACUGGAAGAAAACUCAACUAAGAUGGAAGAAGCACUACAGGCGUUUCAAGGUAAGGGAACAGAGCUACAAGAGCGGUUUGAUUGUAUUGUGGAAGCUGGCAUUGAUGAGAAGGAUGUUUACAAAAUGAUUGAAGUUUCUCCAAGAAUCCUUAACCAAACAAAAGAUAUGUUAGAAGAAAAAAUAGAUUUUUUUUUAAAUAAUUUGGGGUAUCCUGUUUCAUCAUUAAUAAGCUUCCCUUCAUAUCUUUGCUAUGCGACUCAGAGGGUCACUCUUAGGAUCGCAAUGUGUAAUUGGCUCAAGGAACAAGGAAUAGUCCUCCCGAUGUUGGCAUUAAGGACUAUUCUUGUGUGUUCGGAUGAUACAUUUCUAAGACGGUAUGUGAAUCAUCAUCCCAGGGGCACGGAAGUUUGGGAGAAUUUGAAGAGAGAAAUAUAUUCAGAUUCUAUGACAUCUCUAGCUUAUUAGACCAAUCUUGUUUUAACAUAUUCUUCGUACCAAUCGAUGAUGAAUUGCUUUAUAGCUGUUAUGCUACAAGUUUUCAAUAAUUCAUGGAAUUGAGGGCUAAUCUGCUGUCAAGUUUGUGGAAAAGUGUGAUAUUCCAUUGAACGAGAGCAACUUUUCCCUGUCCAGGGAAAUGACGGUUGAACUUCGUAAUGCUGUAUCAUUUUCACAAAGUACUAACAAAUCAUUAUUCGAAA